UUAAAUGGAAGGGGAGCCGACGAACGGAUGAUUAGUCCCACAGAUUCCCCCUUAUCAUAAACAUUAUCCAUACUAAGAGCGACUCUGUCUCGGCCACAUUAGUAGAUCUAAAACAUCCAAGUCAACCAUAGUGCCGAAGCCUCAUAAUAAUAAAGAAUCUCUCCUAAACGCGAGACAUGGGUCCAAGGACAAGCCAGUUAACUUGUGUGUCAUCAUACUAUUGCGGAAGUUGGACCAGUGUCAUAAUUGUGGGCAUCGCUUUAUUUGGGGUCACACUUCGAAGCGUCAAUCCAGAUUUAGUGCUAGUUCGAGUUGAGGAAGGUUGGUUACAAGAAUCCAUGUCAAGCUAUUGGAGUUCUCAAGGCCAUCGAAUUCACUCAUUUCUGGGCAUUCCCUACGGCGAAGCCCGGAGGUUUAAGAAAGCAAGUCCAUACCCACCUUGGAGCGGUAUUCGACAGGCCGACCGUCAUGUGGAAUGCACUCAGCUCGGAAAUUAUGGCCCCUAUGAAACGACUGGUGUGGAGGAUUGCUUGGUAGUCAACGUUUAUACCACGGCUCUUCAAGAUCAAAGGCCGGUUAUGGUGUGGAUCCACGGAGGGUCCUUCAACAGUGGAGCCGCCACGCCGCGAGUUUAUGGACCGGAAUUUCUUUUGGACAAAGACGUGGUUUUAGUGACAAUCAACUAUCGGCUUGGACCUUUGGGCUUUUUGAGCAACGGCAAAGACGACUUUCCCGGAAAUCUGGGUCUUUGGGAUCAACGUCUGGCGCUACAGUGGAUCCAAAAGAACAUUGCAGUAUUUGGCGGCGACAAAAAUAAAGUAACAUUAUUUGGACAAAGUUCGGGAGGGAUUAUGGUCAGUUAUCAUAUCUUAUCGCAUCAAAGUCAACAUUUGUUUCAUGCCGCCAUCAUUCAAAGUGGAGCAAUAACAUUGCCAAUUGCCAAAUCGGACAAUCAUCCCGGAUUUUAUGCACAAGCAUUAGCAAAGCACUUCAGUUGUGGUUCAAAUUUGACGGUAACGAGUUCAAUCCAAUGUUUGGAACGGGAGGAUCCUCAUCAGAUUGUGCUUGAAGCCAAAAAAUUGUUCUCCUCGUUCUUGUCCAAUCCGUAUCCAUUCAAGCCCGUUUUAGAUAAUACCACAUCCUUGCCGUUUUUCCGAAGAGAUCCGUUCGAAAUCUUGGAGUCGGGUGAUUUCCGUCAAAUGCCAAUCAUGAUUGGCAACAACCGAGAUGAAGGUCUGAUUGUGUCGUCGAAUUUCAUUCGAAACCCUAGACUAUGGAGAGAAUUCCAUCAAAAUAACGACGAGUUGCUACCGCUGAUCUUUUUUGGCAGGUCCAAAUCCUUCAUUGAAACCGACGAUAUGAAUUCCUUGAAGAUAUUGCUACCAUCGGAUAUCAUUCCCGUCGACUUUGAAGCUUUGACCGCAUUUGUGGGCGACCACGUGAUCCUCCCUUUGGAAUCCGUAACUAUUGAUCUUUUCCUGCGACACAAUCCCAAUGGAACAUUCGUUUACCAUUACACGCACCAAAACUCGUAUGGGAUAUCAGAUAUCAUCGCUCAAUCCCUGCCCACUCUCUUCCUCCGAGCAUUUGCUCAGUUAUUUGGAAGCAAUCCGUUUUCCCUGGAACUUGGUGUUAGCCAUGGGGACGAGCUCUUUUUACUUUUCAAACCACACGUGAUUCCUCUGAACACUCGGUUUACGAGAAGAGACAUUCAAACUAGUCAAAAUUUGGUGAAUGUGUGGACUGGGUUUGCAACUCAUCAGAGACUUCCUCAACGUCAUCUAAGAGCCAGCAACGACAUUUACUUGGAGAUUGGUCCCUCAUUAACGUUGCGACAUCGCCAGUUGUGGAACACUUCCUGGCAUCAACUCCCAAAGAAGUACUUUCAUCUUCACCAAUAUCAUCUUCCGUCUUGGAAGGACUGUUUUGGCUGUAAUUGUCAUAAUUUAUUCAGAGCCAGC